CUGCUUUUGCCAGUAGUUGGCGAUGUGACAUGUACGUCAACCAACCUGUGUGAGGUUUAAAAGUUGUGUGAGUGUGCGCUAUCCGUUGUUUAUCCAUGGUGUUGCUGUGAGGUGUACUGCACACUCUGAAAAGUCUUCUCGCUCUAACCAUCUUCCUUGUUCCUCCCUGUCUCCCUCCUCCUUUCCCUGGCCUCUUCUUUGGCUCUCUCCCUGCUUCCACAGGAGCACCAUGGCGAUGUGGAUCCAGGCCCAGCAGCUGCAGGGUGAGGCGCUGCAUCAGAUGCAGGCGCUGUACGGCCAGCACUUUCCCAUCGAGGUGCGACACUACCUGGCCCAGUGGAUAGAAUGCCAGCUCUGGGAUUCAGUAGAGUUGGACAACCCAGUAGAGGAAGCCAAAGCCAAGCGUCUGCUGGACAACCUGGUGACUGAGCUGCAGAGGAAAGCCCAGCUGCAGGGAGGAGAGGACGGCUUCCUGCUCAAGAUCAAGCUGGGCCACUACGCCAACCAGCUCAAGAGCACUUAUGACCGCUGUCCUCUGGAGCUUGUGCGCUGCAUCAAACACAUUCUACACUCAGAGCAGAGACUGGUUCAAGAAGCUACAAAUGCCAGCUGCGGGGCAGGGGGGCAGGCCAUGGACAGCCUGUCGCAGCGCCACCAGCAGAUCAACCAGUCCUUCGAGGAGCUGCGCCUGGCCACGCAAGAGACGGAGAACGAGCUCAGAAAGCUGCAGCACAGCCAGGAGUACUUCAUCAUCCAGUACCAGGAGAACAUGCGCAUCCAGGCCCAGAUCAGCAGCCUGUCCACGCUGCCUCCAGCUGAGCGUACCCAGAGAGAGACCGCCCUGCAGAGCAAGAGGGCCACUGUGGAGACCUGGCUCACCAGAGAGGCCAGCACACUACAGAAAUACAGGCUUGACCUGUCAGAGCAGCACCAGAAGACACUGGCCCUGCUGAGGAAGCAGCAGACUCUGAUCCUGGACGAGGAGCUGAUCCAGUGGAAGAGGAGGCAACAGCUGGCCGGCAACGGGGGUCCUCAUGAGGGGGGGCUGGACGUCCUCCAGUCCUGGUGUGAGAAGCUGGCCGACCUGAUCUGGCAGAACCGGCAGCAGAUUCGACGCUGUGAACAUCUCACCCAGCAGCUCCCUCUGCCGGGCCCCAUGGAGGAGCUGCUGAGCAAACUGAACGCUGACAUCACUGACAUCAUCUCCGCCUUGGUGACUAGCACCUUCAUCAUUGAGAAGCAGCCCCCCCAGGUGUUAAAGACUCAGACCAAGUUUGCAGCAACAGUGCGCCUCCUGGUGGGGGGGAAGCUCAACGUCCACAUGAACCCUCCUCAGGUCAAAGCGGUCAUCGUCAGCGAGCAGCAGGCCAAAGCUCUGCUGAAGAAUGAGAGCACACACAGUGAAAGCAGUGGAGAAAUCCUCAACAACAACUGUGUGAUGGAGUAUCACCAGGCCACCGGCACCCUCAGUGCACACUUCAGAAAUAUGUCACUGAAGAGGAUCAAGCGUUCAGAUCGCCGCGGUGCAGAGUCGGUGACGGAGGAGAAAUUCACGGUUCUGUUCGAAUCCCAGUUCAGCGUCGGGGGCAACGAGCUGGUCUUCCAUGUCAAAACCUUAUCCCUGCCUGUGGUUGUGAUUGUCCACGGGAGUCAGGACAACAACGCUACAGCUACCGUCCUUUGGGACAACGCCUUCGCUGAGCCGGGCAGGGUGCCAUUCAUCGUGCCGGACAAGGUGAUGUGGCCCCAGCUGUGUGAGGCCCUAGAUAUGAAGUACAAGGCGGAAAUGCACAGUGGGCGGGGCUUGUCGGAAGAUAACAUGGUCUUCCUGGCGCAGAAAGCUUUUACAAGCAGCAGCAACAACCCCGAGGACUUCCGGAACGUGAGCAUAUCCUGGGCCCAGUUCAACAGGGAGAGCUUACCUGGACGCAACUUCACCUUCUGGCAGUGGUUUGAUGGAGUUGUGGAGCUCAUGAAGAAACAUCUAAAGCCUCACUGGAAUGAUGGGGCCAUCCUGGGCUUUGUUAACAAGCAGCAGGCACAGGACAUGCUGCUUUCCAAACCCAACGGCACCUUCCUGCUGCGAUUCAGCGACUCAGAGAUUGGAGGCAUCACCAUCGCCUGGGUGGCUGAGAACCCCAACAAACAAGGUGAGAGGCUGGUCUGGAAUCUGUUGCCUUAUACAACAAAGGACUUUUCCAUCCGUUCCCUGGCGGACCGCAUCAGUGACCUAAACCAUCUGAUGUUUCUGUACCCGGACCGGCCUAAAGACGAGGUCUUCGCCAAGUACUACACCCCUCCUCUCUCAAAAGCAGUGGAUGGAUACGUAAAACCGCAGAUCAAACAAGUUGUGCCAGAAUUCACCACCCCGAAAUCUGAACCCAGUGGAGGGACUCCUUCGUUCAUGGACCAAACAGCUUCUCCGUCCGUCAGCCACCCCAGCAGCUUUGGAGUCUACCCUUCGAUGAGUGACACCAUGUUGGAUGCAGAGGGAGACUUCGACCUGGAGGACACCAUGGACGUGGCGCGCCAUGUGGAGGAGUUGCUCCGCAGGCCAAUGGCCAACCAGUGGAGCAGUCAGCAGUCCUGAACCUGCCCACACCUUCAGGUCUUCUCCAUCUUAUCUUACAGAAACUCCCGUAACUGCAGCCACAGCGAAGCUUCUCCUGUGUUCAUCAGCUGCUCUGGCAGAUCCACAUCACAGUCAUUUUCAGUUUCAGCUCCCCACAGGGGGGUGAGAACAGGUCUGGUCAUAUAUCUGUCCACAUGCUUAAGUGUCACUGUCGAGAAAGAAAACCUACCAUCACAAAUCAAUGUUACUGACAUUCGAUGGUCUUAAUGUCCUCUCCCACUUACCGUAGUUUCUCAGGGUUAAUGUGUUUUUCCGGUCUGGAUUUAUUCAACAUUAAAUACAGUUAGUCUUACGUAAGCUUUGCAUUCAUAUGUGCCUGAUUAGCUCUUUGCUGGCAAAAGGAGAAGUCCGCUUACAAAGGUACAGCAGUCAUACCAGCUUUUUUUAUUCUGAAGGUUUGUUUCAUCUACACAGUUAACAUUGGUGACAAAAUGCUGAAACCUUUUACUUCUUCUCCAUUACUGGGAUUGAUUGUUUAUCAGUAUUCAGUCAAUCCAGAAAAUACAUAAAGUAAGACUAUGUCACUUUUGUUGAAUCUCAACCUCUGUGACCAAAAGUAUUUACAGGAUGAUGGCUAAUUUAAUCUAGUAUAAAGACGUGCUCAUAAAGGGAGCUGGCUUACAGUGAGAUGAAUAGCAGAACCAACCAAUGUGUCUCCUAGUGAGGUUACUAUGUCAUUAGCUUUGUUGUGUCUUGGACAUUGAGACAAGUUUAACAUGUGUUGUCAGAAACUAAAUGAGAUUUAAGUUUGAACCCAGAUGCUGAUGUAUAAAGAGAACUGGAUGCAGAGUAAGAGACGGGGCGGUUAUUACUAUAAAAGUUGCUCAGUGGCGCAUAUAGCCAAAUUGGUAUGCGUGCAAAAAUAUAUUUUUUUAGUGGGAUGUUUAUUUUCCUCCACACAUCACUUUCCCUAUGCAAGUUUCUAGUGAAAAGUAUUUUAAGGCCGAAGUACAUCAAAUUAGGUCUGGCCAACAUGAAAAUUGCCCAUAAAGCAGUUUCUGCUGAUAGAUUAGCCCUUCAUGUGCGCUGAAACCUGCAGCGCACAUGAAGUUUACCUUCUUAACCGCCUGUAGCACUAAUGUUUCAAUACCUGGGUCACCGUUUUGUUUGUUGUCUUGCACAUGCAUGAGCGCGCCACUGACGCAAGGACACCACACUAUCAACGUUGCACGCUAUUAAACUGAACCAGGAAAAGCACUUGACAACAACAUGAAGCAUGCGUGCUAGCAUGUAAACAUUAUUAUAAACAAUCCAAGUUUCAAUAUUUUAAAAUACAUAUUUUAUGAGGAAAUAGAUUGAACAAAAAGUUAGCUUUCAAAUAUUCGCACAUUGUGUUAUCGAUGAGUUACGCUGAAUGUAAAAAAAACGUAUUAACAGUUCACACUGAUGCAUCAUUUUGUGACAACCAACUGAUACUGUUUCAGUUCUGAAAUGUUUUCGAAGCAUUUGGAGGAAUAAAUUAAGAGUUAAUCUGUAAAAUCGUAUCUGAAACCAUCCCCACCAUUUUUCACAGCAAUCUGGCCGAACCUGUUGUUAGCCUCAGCUAAGCUAGGCAGAUGCUAAAUGACACAGCAGCAGAUCUAUGGAGUUUCAUUUGACUUUCACUUUUGUAGUAAAAACCCCAAUAUGUCUUUGUAACAUGCUAAGGCAUGGUAUUACAAUAGUACAGGUCGAGAAAGAUCAGCCAACACAUUUGGUAGUGUGAGGUACACAGCAAUAUUUAUCUAAGGUUUGCUAACAUUAGCGUACAUUAGCUAAUGGUCAAGGGGCAGUUUAUUACUUAUGAGUUCAACUUCCCGUCAGAGAAAGAUUUGUUUAAUGAGUUCUAAGUAGUCUGGUUUCAAAAUAUCUUUUGGUGCUUUUUGUAUAAUAUUUUAUGUUGCAGCCAUUUUUUUAGUUUCCUGCACUAUACCUUAAAGCAAAAUGUUUUAUUUAUCAUAUAGGCCAUCAUUUCUUAUAAAGUCAAUAUGGGCUUGAUGAUUCAAGAACAUCACACACAAGUCAUAUAUUUUUACUUUUGUCAGAUUAAGUUUAAAUACAAUGGAUGGUAUAAUAUGAUCAUUUAGAGGGAUAUUUAUUGAUUACAAUUUCUACAUAAAACAAUAUCCAUGAGAAUAUACUUGGGGUUUACCAAAUUAGAAUUACAUUUACCAACGUCAAAUUAGUUACAUUUUACUGUGCCUGUUGAGUUAAUCCUUGUUGCCUUGGUCAAUGUUUAUCCCACAUUUACAUUUUAAAUCUGGAGAUAUGGAAAGGAACCCCAACAAUCACCAGUAAACUCUUAAUUGCCAUUUGUUUACCUAAAGUACUUUAGAAAGUACUGAUUCAUUGUUUUUAUGGUGUACCACAGUGUUUUAUUAUUUUCCUUUUAAUGUAGUUUGCAGAACUGUGUGAGAGAGAGAGAGAGAGAGAGAGAGAGAGAUGGAUAAUUGUUUUUAAAGUGGUGAAAUCAAUUAUUGCACAAUGCCAUCCUGUGGCCUUUCCCUCCCCGUCACUUGGGUUAUUUUCUCUGACUUUACCAAGCUCCUCUUAGAGCCACAGAACACUUAAUACUGUCCUCACAGUGGCACAGAGUAAAAUACACUGAUGUGGUGAUGCAUGCACUCACACAUUGCUUAAUAAACAGAUGGUUACUAGUUGUGGAAAAUAUUUGGAGCAGUUCUCAGUCAAGUUGCAUUCCUUGCAACAUUAACACCUCCUUCUUAAAAGGCCUGGGGGUUUGGUAGUGUUAAAGUAGCAUCAUUUGUUCUUUAAAGCUUAUAUCAGAUUAAUAGAAUGCUCUAACACCUGCCCUCAUAUUUGCGCUGCACAUAAAUAAUUAGCCAAUCAUAGCAGAGUAUUUUUCUGAAAACUGAGUUUUUUUAAUGAUGUAUCAUUAAUAUGUGAUGCUGUGCAGGUCAUGGGAUGUUAGUGUUAUAACAAUCAAAGAGGAUUUAUAUAACGGCUUACAUACUUGCAUUUGUUUUAGCAGCUGAAGCUACUACAGAAUGCAGGAUAUUGAACUGUAGUGAGUUUGCUUAGAUAAUUAUCUCCCCAGCUAUAUUCAGAUUAUUUUUUUUUGCAUCUUCUGGUUCGAAAACAUUCAAGACCAACCCUUGUUUUUUAGUCAACAUUUACAUUGAUGAGGAAUGUGGAUAGUUUCAUUAACCUUCUCUCUCGGAUUUUGGCCCCAAUAUCUUUUCUACUAAAGGAUCUCUUUGAUAUAGCUCAGUUUUUGCCCUAGAAACAGUGGAUGUCCCUCCUGAAUAGUUAGUCAGAGCCAUGUUCAUUUGAAAUGCUUCUUGUUUUGGAAGCCAGGAGUAGUGUUUAUAGGACUGCUCUCUCACUGUACAUAAUUCAUUAUCAAUCAUGAUGUAACAGAAUAAAUUGAAGUGACCUUCGUGAUGUUUUACUCCUCUUAUGCACUCAGCUUAACAUUUGUGUUAACCCAAAGUAAGCUUGUCAUUUAAGCUGAGCCUAUACUUGACUAAAAAAACUGUAAAUGUUCAACAAUAGAUUACUUAAUAAAAUAUUAGAAUCAGUUAGUGGGUACAUUGAAAUGGCUCAAACAAAAAUGACAACAUGCUAUAUUGAUUUGUGAAGUCUCAAUGUGACAGUUUCAAUGAAUGUUUAUGACAUGGAGAAUCUUAAACAAAUUCCAUGUAUGAAGAUAUGUUGUGAAAUGUUACCUUGAGGUGUGUGCUGUCUUACAGCUUUUUCAUCUGUCAGUGGAUUCAUUUUGGAGAAUGCUCAUACCUCAUACUGUGUAAUAGUUCUCUAAUAUGUGUUAUGUAGCCUGACAGCUCCUGAUAGUGCCUGAGUACAAUCAUUGUGCAGGUCUGCACCCUCAUGGUAGAUAAAUUAAUGCUCUGCAUAUAAAUCUAUUUCUAAAACAUUACUGCAGUAAAAGCUUUUAGUUUGGAAAUACUAGGCUCUGUACUUCUGUCUGUGCCUUGUGGAUUGUUAAGGGACAGCACUGUCCGUACAGGACAUUUUAAAGCCAUUGCCAUUACCGCUGCACUGCUAACAGCCUUAACUAAGGAAUGUCUAAUCCCUUUGAGAAAACAAAACUCACCCAGAAUGGAAGUCAACAUCAUAAACCUCAAGAAAACUCACUGUGAAAUAAGUGUAGAGAAGUCCAAAUCAACCAAAUAAUACCUGAUGACUCGAGCGUAGAUACCUUUCUGCAUCUUAUGCUUUUUUCUUAAUAGGUGAAUAAAACACAAACCUUGAUGGUGUUCUAACUCGGCAAAAGCGAACAAGCACUUUGAUGUUUACACCAGCAGUUAUUUUAUGUGUUUGUGCUCAAACAGUUCUUAUCCUGCUUGUCUUUAAAUCAAUUUAAUUUAUGUUUGUCCUCAGUGUAAUUUACUUUUCUAGCUCGGUGUGUUUGCUUGCUCAUGUGCAACCUGUUGCCUGUUUGGUUACUUUGUAUUUACAUCCUUUAUUGUGCCACUUUCUGCUGGAAGUUUUAUGUCGGGAUUGGAGAUUUGAAAAUAAAAGGUUUUUUUUAUAAUGAA